AAAUGAGAUUGCCAUACGUAUCUCCGUCAUCAUUCGAGGCCGACUCGGAGGCCCAACAAGUCGCUGCUCGCAUUGAACAACGCCGCAACCCGCGCCCUUUGCAGCCUCUUGACCUCACUCUACUACAUUCUCCCCCCGUUGCAGAUGGUUGGAACUCGUUUAUUGGAAACAUCCGCUCCAAGACAUUGAUAUCAGAUGACAUUCGCGAGCUUGCAAUCUCACGUGUUGCCGUCCUCAAUCGUGCUUGGUACGAGUGGAUGCACCACGCGCCCUUGGCUAUCAAGGCCGGUAUCCCUAAAGAGGCCAUGGAAGCCCUCAAGUCUGACACACUCUCACAACGGAGUGGGCGUCCGAGUUAUUUUACCGAGAAGCAAUGGGCUGUCGUUGUGUUGACUGAUGAGAUGACCAGAAAUGUCCAAGUUAAGGAUGAGACUAUGGAAUGGAUCAAGGGCCUAAUGUCAGAUAGGGACUUGGUUGAGACUGUGUCCGUUGUAUCAAGCUACAAUUGCGUCAGCCGGUUUUUGGUGGCUCUAGAUGGUUCGUACAUGUCCUUCACCGUCCUGAAGACAAAAUCUGACAGUCAUUUACCAGUGGGAGAGAGAAAUAACACUACACCAGAGUCAAUUUCCUUGGAU